CCCACACGUGUCCUUGCAGGUCAGAGAGUGCUCAUUAUUGAGGACCUGGAGGACGUGACUGUGCCAGAGGGCUCUUCAGCCACCUUUUGUUGCCGUGUCUCCCCUCCUGAAUAUGGGCCUGUCUAUUGGUUCUUGGAUAAGGCCCCCCUGAGUGCCAAUGAGCUCAAUGAGAUCAAGGUCCAUCCUGGGGGCUACCACGUGCUGACCCUGCGGCAGCUUGAGCCUAAGGACUCGGGCACCAUUCACUUUGAGGCAGGAGACCAGCGGGCUUCGGCAGCACUGCAGGUCACAGAGACGCCGACUGUCUUCUCCCGGGAGCUUGUGGAUGUCACAGUCGUCGAGGGGGAGGACCUGACCCUCGUGUGUGAGACCACCACACCAGCCAGCCCUGUGCACUGGACGAAGGAUGGGAAAGCCCUCCAGCCAUCAACCCGGUGCUGGCUGAGUUAUGAGGGCCGUGAGGCCCAGCUGGUCAUCACCGGUGCCACUGUGCAGGACGGCGGGCGCUACAAGUGUGAGGCUGGGGGCACCUGCAGCAGCUCCAUCGUCAGGGUCCAUGCCCGGCCGGUGCAUUUCCGGGAGGGCCUGAAGGAUGUGGAGGUGCUCGAGGGGGGCGCCACAACGCUGCGCUGCGUGCUGUCCUCCGUGGCUGCACCCGUGGAGUGGCGCUGUGGAGACACGGUCCUGAGGACGAGCAGCAAGUACGGUGUGCGGCAGGACAGGGCUGUGCUGGAGCUGGUGGUGCGGGACCUGCAGCCAAGCGACAGUGGGCAGUACUCGUGCUCCUUUGGGGACCAGAAGACAGUGGCCAAGCUCACCAUGACGGCUUCGGGGGCAAAGUUUAUAGGGAAACUGAGAAGCAAAGAGGCCACGGAAGGGGACAUGGCCACGCUGCGAUGUGAGCUGAGCAGGGAGGCCCCCGUGGAGUGGAGGAAGGGCUCCGAGACCCUCAAAUCAGGGGGCAGAUACAGCCUGAAGCAGGACGGGGCUGUGUGUGAGCUGGAGAUCCAUGGCCUGGCCAUGGUGGACGCUGGGGAGUACUUGUGCGUGUGCGGGCAGGAGAGGACCUCGGCCACGCUGAGCGUGAGGGCUCUCGAUGCCCAGUUUAUAGGAAGACUGAGAAACAAAGAGGCCAUGGAAGGGGCCACAGCCACGCUGCGGUGUGAGCUGAACAAGGCAGCCCCUGUGCAGUGGAGGAAGGGCUCUGAGAUCCUCAAAUCUGGAGACAGAUACAGCCUGAAGCAGGAUGGGGCUGUGUGUGAGCUGGAGAUCCGUGGCCUGGCCAUGGUGGACGCUGGGGAGUACUUGUGCGUGUGCGGGCAGGAGAGGACCUCGGCCACGCUGAGCGUGAGGGCUCUGCCUGCAAGAUUUAUACAAGAUUUGAGACCUGAGGAGGCCACAGAAGGGGCCACGGCCAUGCUGCAGUGUGAGCUGAGCAAGGCGGCCCCUGUGGAGUGGAGGAAGGGCCCCCAUUCCCUCAAAUCUGGGGACAGAUACAGCCUGAGGCAACACGGGGCCGUGUGUGAGCUGGAGAUCCGUGGCCUGGCUUUGGCAGAUGCUGGGGAGUACUCGUGUGUGUGUGGGCAGGAGAGGACCUCGGCCACGCUAAGCGUGACAGCUUUGCCUGCCCACUUCAUCCAAGAACUGAAGGCCAAAGAGGCCACAGAAGGGACCAUGGCCACACUGCAGUGUGAGCUGAGCAAGGAGGCCCCCGUGGAGUGGAGGAAGGGCUCCCAUCCCCUCAAAUCUGGGGACAGAUACAGCCUGAAGCAGGAUGGGGCUGUGUGCACGCUGGAGAUCCAUGGCCUGGCCGUGGCAGAUGCUGGAGAGUACUUAUGUGUGUGUGGGCAGAAGAGGACCUCAGCAACACUGACCGUGAAGGCCCUGCCUGCCAAGUUCACAGAGUUCCUGAGGAAUGAGGAGGCCACAGAAGGGGCCACGGCCACCCUACAUUGUAAGCUGAGCAAGGCGGCCUCCGUGGAGUGGAGCAAGGGCUCUGAGAUCCUCAAAUCUGGUGGCAGAUACAGCCUGAGGCAGGAUGGGGCUGUGUGUGAGCUGGAGAUCCAUGGCCUGGCCGUGGCGGAUGCUGGGGAGUAUUCGUGUGUGUGUGGGCAGGAGAGGACCUCGGCCAUGCUGACUGUGACGGCUUUGCCUGCCCGGUUCAUCCAAGUUCUGAAGACCACGGAGGCCAUGGAGGGGGCCAUGGCCACGCUACAUUGUGAGCUGAGCAAGGCAGCCGCUGUGGAGUGGAGGAAGGGCCCUGAGACCCUCAGAGCUGGGGGCAGAUACAGCCUGAGGCAGGACGGGGCUGUGUGUGAGCUGGAGAUCCGUGGCCUGGCUAUGGCGGAUGCUGGGGAGUAUUCGUGUGUGUGCGGGCAGGAGAGGACCUCGGCCAUGCUGACUGUGAAGGCCCUACCUGCUCAGUUCAUCCAAGCUAUGAAGGCCAAGGAGGCCACAGAAGGAGCCACGGCCAUUUUGUGUUGUGAGCUGAGCAAGGCAGCCCCCGUGGAGUGGAGGAAGGGCUCUGAGAUUCUAAAAUCUGGAGGUAGAUACAGCCUGAAACAGGAUGGGGCCAUGUGUGAGCUGGAAAUCUGUGACCUGGACAUGGAAGAUGCUGGGGAGUACUUCUGUGUGUGUGGGCAGAAGAGGACCUCGGCAACUCUGACUGUGAAGGCAUUACCUGCCAAGUUCACAGAGUGCCUGAGGAAUGAGGAAGCCACAGAAGGGGCCACGGCCAUGCUACAUUGUAAGCUGAGCAAGGCAGCCUCCGUGGAGUGGAGGAAGGGCUCUGAGAUCCUCAAAUCUGGCGGCAGAUACAGCCUGAGGCAGGAUGGGGCCAUGUGUGAGCUGGAGAUCCGUGACCUGGCCAUGGCCGAUGCUGGGGAGUAUUUGUGUGUGUGUGGGCAGGAGAGGACCUCAGCCACGCUGACUGUGACGGCUUUGCCUGCCCAGUUCAUCCAAGUUCUGAAGACCAAGGAGGCCAUGGAGGGGGCCAUGGCCACGCUACAUUGUGAGCUGAGCAAGGCAGCCGCUGUGGAGUGGAGGAAGGGCCCUGAGACCCUCAGAGCUGGGGGCAGAUACAGCCUGAGGCAGGACGGGGCUGUGUGUGAGCUGGAGAUCCGUGGCCUGGCUAUGGCGGAUGCUGGGGAGUAUUCGUGUGUGUGCGGGCAGGAGAGGACCUCGGCCACGCUGACUGUGAAGGCCCUGCCCACCAAGUUCAUGGAGUGCCUGAGGAAUGAGGAGGCCAUGGAAAGUGCAACAGCCACGCUGCGGUGUAAGCUGAGCAAGGCGGCCCCCGUGGAGUGGAGGAAGGGCUCAGAGAUCCUCAGAGCUGGGGGCAGAUACAGCCUGAGGCAGGAUGGGGCUGUCUGUGAGCUGGAGAUCCAUGGCCUGGCCAUGGAAGAUUCUGGAGAGUACUCAUGCAUGUGCGGGCAGGAGAGGACCUCCGCCAGGCUCAGUGUGAGGGCCGUGCCUGCCAAGUUCACUGAGGGUCUGAUGAAUGAAGAGGCCACCGAAGGGGCCACGGCCACGCUGCGCUGUGAGUUGAGCAAGGCGGCCCCAGUGGAGUGGAGGAAGGGCUCUGAGAUCCUCAGAGCUGGGGAUAGAUACAGCCUGAGGCAGGAAGGGGCCAUGUGUGAGCUGAAGAUCCAUGACCUGGCUGUGGAAGAUUCUGGAGAGUACUCGUGCGUGUGCGGGCAGGAGAGGACCUCCGCCAGGCUCAGUGUGAGGGCUUUGCCUGCUCGGUUCAUCCAAGAACUGAAGAUCAAGGAGGCCGCAGAAGGGGCCACAGCCACUCUGCAGUGUGAACUGAGCAAGGCGGCCCCAGUGGAGUGGAGGAAGGGCUCUGAGAUCCUCAGAGCUGGGGACAGAUACAGCCUGAGGCAGGAUGGGGCCAUAUGUGAGCUGGAGAUCCAUGACCUGGCUGUGGAAGAUUCUGGAGAGUACUCGUGUGUGUGCGGCCAGGAGAGGACCUCUGCCAGGUUGUGCGUGAGGGCUUUGCCCGCCAAGUUCACAGAGUAUCUGAAGAAUGAAGAGGCCAUGAAAGGGUCCACGGCCACACUGCGGUGUGAGCUGAGCAAGGCAGCCCCCGUGGAGUGGAGGAAGGGCUCUGAGACCCUCCAAGCUGGGGGCAGAUACAGCCUGAGGCAGGACGGGGCUGUGUGUGAGCUGGAGAUCUGUGGCCUGGCCAUGGUGGAUGCUGGGGAGUACUCGUGUGUAUGUGGGCAGGAGCGGACCUCGGCCACGCUGACUGUGACAGCCCCACAGGUGGCGUUCUGGAGGGCGCUAGACAACCUGCAGGUGGAAGAGGGCUCCACGGCCCAUCUGCAGUGUGAACUGUCUGAGCCGGACGCCACUGUGUCCUGGAGCAAGGGCGGCCUGGAGCUGCAGGCUGAUGGGAGGCUGGAGAGGCGGCGGAGGGGCCCCGUGGCUGAGCUGCUGCUGCGGGACGUGCACCGGGACGAUGCCGGGGACUACAGCUGCACCUGCGGCCCUCAGACCACCAGGGCCACCCUCACCGUCACAGCCGUGCCUGUGGGGUUCCUGCAGGAGCUGCAGGCCCAGGAGGUGGACGAGGGCACGACGGCCCGGCUGAGCUGCGAGCUGAGCCAGGCGGGUGCCAGCGUGGAGUGGCGCAAGGGUGCCCUGCAGCUGUUCCCCUGCUCCAAGUACCAGAUGGUGCAGGAGGGCAGGGUUGCGGAGCUACUCGUGUGUGGCGCCGAGCAGGAGGACGCGGGCGAGUACACCUGUGACGUGGGGCUCCGGCAGAGCACGGCCAGCCUCGUGGUCCGUGCUCCCAGACCCAAGUUCAAGACCUGUCUGCAGAGCACGGAGCAGGAGGUGGGCGGCAUGGCCCGGCUGAGCUGCGAGCUGAGCGAGGCUGAGCUGAGUGGCCCUGUGCAGUGGCUCAAGGAGGGCGUGGCACUCCCUGAGGACCCCAAGUUCGAGAUGCGGUGCCAGGGGACCAUGUGUGAGCUGCUGAUCCAUGGGCUCGAGGCCGAGGACACGGGCGAGUACACCUGUGUGGUGGGCGGCCAGAAAACCGUGGCCUCUGUCAAGGUCAGAGAACCCAAGGUGACCAUCGUGCGGGGACUGUCCGAUGCCGAGGUGCAGGCUGACGAGGACGUGGAGUUCAGCUGCGAGGUGUCGCGAGCCGGGGCCGCGGAUGUGCAGUGGCGGCUCCAGGGCCUGCCCCUGCAGAGCAACGAGGUGACCGAGGUGGCCGUGCGGGACGGCCGCACCCACGUGCUGCGGCUGAAGGGUGUCACGUCCGAGGACGCGGGCACCGUCUCCUUCCACGUGGGCCCCUGCACGUCCUCUGCCCAGCUCACCGUCCGAGUGCCUGAGGUGGCCGUGGUGGAGCCCCUGCAGGAUGUGCAGCUCAGCGAGGGCCAGGACGCCCACUUCUGGUGCCGGCUGUCACGGGCCCCCAGCCAGGAGGCACGCUGGACGCUGGGAGGGGUGCCCCUGCAGGCCAAUGAGAUGAACGACAUCACAGUGGAGGAUGGCACGCUGCAUCUUCUCACUCUGCACAAGGUGACCCUCGAAGAUGCUGGAACUGUCAGUUUCCAGGUGGGCUCGUGUAGCUCACAGGCCCAGCUGAAGGUCACAGCCAAGAACACGGUGGUGCGGGGCCUGGAGAAUGUGGAGGCGCUGGAGGGUGGUGAGGCGCUCUUUGAGUGCCACCUGUCCCAGCCCGAGGUGGCUGCCCACAGCUGGCUGCUGGACGACGAGCCGGUGCACACCUCAGAGAAUGCAGAGAUGGUCUACUUUGAGGACGGCCGGCAGCACCUGCUGCUGCUCAAGAACCUGCGGCCGCAGGACAGCUGCCGGGUGACCUUCCUGGCUGGGGACAUGGUGACCUCGGCGUUCCUCACAGUCCGAGGCUGGCACCUGGAGUUCCUGGAGACCCUGCGGGACGUGGAGGUGCAAGCUGGCGAGCAGGCCGACUUCUGCUGCACGCUCAGCGAGGUGGUGCCCGUGGGCGAGGCUACCUGGUACAUCAACGGGGCGGCCAUCCAGCUGGAUGAUGCCGAGUGGACGGUCAGCACCGACGGCAGCUGCCAUGCCCUGCAGCUGCAUAGCGCCCAGCCCCACCACGCCGGGGAGGUCACCUUCGCCGCCCGCGAUGCUGUGGACUCUGCGCGGCUCACCGUGCUGGGCCUCCCCAACCCCCCCGAGGAUGCUGAGGUGGUGGGCCGCAGCAGCCACUCCGUGACCCUGUCUUGGGUGGCCCCAGCGAGCGACGGCGGUGGGGGCCUCUGUGGCUACCGCGUGGAGAUGAAGGCGGCCGCCACAGGCACCUGGGAGCUUUGCCAUGCGCUGGUACCCGGGCCGGAGUGCGUGGUGGACGGCCUGGUCCCCGGGGAGAUCUACCGCUUCCGCGUCGCCGCUGUGGGCCCCGCCGGCGCCGGGGAGCCCGUGCACCUGCCCCAGACCGUGAAGCUCGAGCCCGUGGAGCCCGUGGAACCCGUGGAACCCGUGGAGCUCGUGGAGCCCAUAGAACCCGUGGAACCCCUGUCUGCACCUGCUGUGAGCCGGGAGGUGGUCACCGGUGAGGAUGUGCAUCUGGAGUGCGAGGUGGCAGCCGAGACUGGCCAGGUCAUCUGGCAGAGGGGCACGGAGCACAUCCAGCCUGGCGGGCGCUUCGAGAUCCUCACGUGCGGGCAGCGGCAGACCCUUGUGAUCCGGGGCUUCUCGCCAGAGGACCAGGGCGAGUACCGGUGCAGCCCAGCUCAGGGCCAGCCUCCUGCUGCAGCUACCACCUUCCAGGUGGCGCUGACCCUGGGCUCGGAAGGCGAAGCCCAAGCGCAGCCCAGUCUGCCCCCCGAGGCGGCCCAGGAGGGCGACCUGCACCUGCUGUGGGAGGCCCUGGCCCGGAAGCGCCGCAUGAGCCAGGAGCCCACGCUGGACUCCAUCAGCGAGCUGCCCAAGGAGGAUGGGCGCCCGCAGCGCCCGCGGCAGGAGGCCGAGGAGGCGGCCCCCGACCUGUCCGAGGAGUACUCCACGGCCUAUGAGCUGGCACGCACCGGCGAGGCUGACCUCUCACACACCAGCUCUGACGACGAGUCUCGGGCGGGCACCCCUUCCCUGGUGAGCUACCUCAAGAAGGCCGGGAGGCCUGGCGCCCUGGCUCUGGCCAGCAAGGUUGGGGCCCCAGCAGCCCCCGCUGGGGAGCAGCCAGAGCAGCUGGCUGCUGUACAGCCUCCCCGGCGAGAUUCGAGUGCCGAGGACCUGGGCGACCCAUCCAUGGACAAGGCGGCCGUGAAGAUCCAGGCUGCUUUUAAAGGUUACAAGGUCCGCAAGGAGAUGAAGCAGCAGGAGGGGCCCACUUUCUGCCGCACGUUCGGGGACGUGGAGGCCCAGGUGGGCGACACCCUGCGCUUGGAGUGCGUGGUGGCCAGCAAAGCGGACGUGCGCGCGCGCUGGCUGAAAGACGGGGUGGAGCUGGCCGAUGGGCGGCACCACCACAUCGACCAGCUCGGAGACGGCACCUGCUCGCUGCUGGUCGCCGGCCUGGGCCACGCCGACGCCGGCCGCUACACCUGCCAGGUGAGCAACAAGUUCGGUCAGGUUGCCCACAGCGCCUGCGUGGCGGUCAGCGGGACCGAGAGCGAGGUGGAGAGCUCGGGGUCGGGGACCGAGCUGGACGACGCGUUCCGCCGGGCCGCCCGGCGGCUGCACCGGCUCUUCCGCACCAAGGGCCCGGCCAAGGUCUCGGACGAGGAGGUCUUCUUUAGCGCGGAGGAGGGCAGCGUGGAGCUGGAGGAGCCCGGGGACUGGCAGACGUACCGCGAAGACGAGCGCUUCGUGUGCAUCCGCUUUGAGACCCUCGCGGAGGCCUCCCGGGCCGCCACCCGCUUCCGCGAGAUGUUCGCCACGCUGGGGAUGGGGGUGGAGAUCAACCUCGUGGAGCAGCGCCCCCGAGGCGUGGAGAUGCGCCUCGGCCAGGUGGCCCCAGACCCCGUGGUGCCUGUCCAGCCGGCGACCCCUGGCCCGCUGGCCUCUGACACUGCCCCCGUGUUCCUGACUGAGCUGCAGAACCAAGAAGUGCAGGACGGCUACCCCGUGAGCUUUGACUGCGUGGUGACGGGCCAGCCGACACCCAGCGUACGCUGGUUCAAGGAUGGGAAGGUGCUGGAGGAAGAUGAUCACUACAUGAUUAAUGAGGACCAGCAGGGCGGCCACCAGCUCAUCAUCACAGCCGUGGUGCCAGCGGACAUGGGCGUCUACCGCUGCCUGGCCGAGAACAGCGUGGGUGUCUCCUCCACCAAAGCCGAGCUCCGUGUGGACCACCCCGGAGGAACUGAGAAACUCCCUCUGAGCCCUUCAGCCCCCAGCUGGUGCAGCUGACACGGCGCUGGGGAAGCAUCCUUUGCCCUCUCCUGAGAGCAUUCUCCAUGGACCAGGCA